CCACUUUGCUGGACUCCCGUCCAGUACCUCUCAUGUCAAUUCACCAAGCAAAUUCUGAUGUCUUCCAAAACCAACGGGUUCGCCCAAGGGACCGUCCUCAAGGUCGCGUACUCUAUGCUUGCACUGACCAGCUGCGUUGUGCUUGCCCGGGCGGGCGUUGGUUUCCUCAAGCCUAAACGCCUGACAACUUCGGACUGUCUGGUUUACCUUGCGUUCGCCUGUUACGCGACCAUGUGCGCGCUCUACAUCGCAGUGUCUCCGUAUAUGCAACGAGUCUACGAUGUCGGAAACGGGAAGACACCGCCGUACCCUGAGAUGCAGACGGACGUUGUCAAAAUGACCAAGAUGAUAUUCGCGGCUCCUUGUAUGUUCUGGAUGACGCUGUGGAGCAUCAAGUUCUCGCUACUGUUUCUGUACCGGAAACUCUUAGUGGGUUUAUCCGGGAGGUAUACGAUCAUAUGGUGGGUCCUGGUCGGAAUCUGCCUCGUGACGCACGCUGGAAAUUACUUCUUUUACUUUCAAUCAUGCGGUACAAUACCAGGAUUCUGGAAAGGGGGUUGCGUCGGCGAAUCCCCGAAGCAUGCGCAACUAGUCAGUCUCUACUAUUCAUUCACGGUAGACACGACUACAAACCUCAUGAUCAUGGCUUUACCAAUCAGGCUCAUUUGGAAUCUCCAGAUGCCGCGUAGCAAAAAGAACGCGAUCAUGACCUUGUUCGGGACGGGGUUCAUCUGCAUAGUAUUCGCCUGCCUUCGAGUCGCACAGGUCGCCAUCAACGCAGCGAAGCCCGAAGCCGCUGGACAGCCUUUGGAUCCCACGUGGCUCGCAAUCUGGGGCAUGGUCGAGUGCUCGAUCGCGGUGAUCAUUGGCUGCUGCCCUGCUUUUGCAGUCCUCGUCAACGCGUUUCGCACGAAAGCCUCCUACGAUUCGCAUGGCUACCGGAAGCAUACCGGGAGCGGGAGUGGCAAGGGCAGCAAGGUGCAGUUGAGGACGAUCGGGGGUAUAAGCACGCGAGAGCGCAAUCAGCGGCUGGGCUUGGAGACUACAGACUUGCACUGGGCUGGCGUGCACAGCAGUCAGGAACAGCUAAAGUCGACUCACGACGGUAUAAUGGUCUCGACGACUGUGACGCAGAAGCAGGGUCAGUCGAUUGAUGCUGCGCGUCAGUGA